CAACCCCAACGCUGUUCAAUACAAUAGAAGAAAACAGGUUAGGAAGCUUGUAAUGGCUUUAUUUACUUUAUAAUCUCUUUCAUCAAAAAUAGCAGCAGGAAAAUAAUGUCGUUGUUGGAGUCUGAGGUUGUCUCUGUUUUGGAGACGCUUGUAAAGGCAACGGUAAAAGAAAUGACUAAAUUCGUGGACAUAUCAGGCACACCUCCACUGACAGAAACUACAGCAAACGAGUCUGCCACCCCAGACUUUGCAACCCAUCUGAACUGUGUGUUAGAACGUAACGCAAAGGAAGCUGUGGAGAAAAUAUGCCAGCUUUUCUCUGCACUUCAGCAUCUUGAAACGAGCCAGAGUGCACAGGAUGGCUUGAAAACAAGACUAAAGCAAGUUGAGAAACGGCAGAAGACUCUACAGGGAGAGACUCAUAUAACCAACGAUGCUCUCCUCAAAAGUCAGUCCAGUGACCAGCUUACUCUAGUGUCUGGGGAGAACAUAGAUGUGAGCUGGGCGCAGGAGGAGAUCAUAGACACUGAGCAUGUGAAAACAAUGAACAAGAGACUUACGGGUGUGGAACGACAUGAGGCCCACUAAAACACAGAAGACGGGGAUCAUUAAGGACGACAAGUCAGCAGAUUUUUCAGAAAACAUCAACCAUCCUCGGUUUGUGGCUUUGCAGGAAGAUAUGAUACUUUGGGAUGAUACUGUGGAAGAUGAUGAGGAAGAAUCUAGAAUUUUGAGCGUUUUAAAAAGCAGAAGUGUUCAAUUGAGAUGUCGGAAGAAAGGCAAAGCGUUCAGCUGUAAACACUGCAGAAGGAAAUUUGACUCGCUUGUUCUGUUGAGAGCUCAUCGGGUCGUUCAUGUCGCGGGAGAGAAAACCUUCAGCUGCUCGCAGUGUGGUCGGCGGUUUGGCAGUAAAGGCAAUUUGGAUGUGCACUACCAGCUUCAUACUGACAAGAGCCCUUAUGUUUGCAAUCAUUGUGGCAAGACCUUCACCGAACACAAACAGCUGAUGUAUCACCAGAGGAUUCAUAACCAAGACAAGACUUUUAUGUGUAAAAUUUGUGGGAAGUCUUUUCAUCAAGCUUACAGUCUCAGGAAGCAUCUGGUCGUGCAUUCGGUAGAAAAGCUGCAUAAAUGUGACGUAUGUGGGAAGAACUUCCACUUUCGAAACAAUCUACUCCGGCACCAGAGAAUCCAUACAGGCGAGAAGCCGUUCACCUGCCAGACGUGUGGGCGAAGUUUCAACCAGCUCGAUUCGCUGAAGGCGCACAAACUAACUCACACCGGCGAGAAACCGCACAAAUGCAAAUUGUGCGGUCAGGGCUUUGUCCAGAAGUGGAUGCUUCGGCUGCAUGAGGGACAGCAAACGGGACAAACUGGACAUGGAUGUGUUGUAUGCGGGGAGGUUUUGGGUUGCGUAAAUGCCCUGAAAACGCAUCUCCCUAUUCAUGAGGGACAGUUUCCGGUCACCUGUACGGUGUGUGGAGAGACCCUCGGCUCCAUUAACACCUUGAAAUCUCACCAUCAUAAACAAACUGUCACUACCACCAAAUACAGCUGUUGUGUGUGCGGAAAGUCCUUUCAGAGUGUUGCCGGCGUGAGAACUCAUGAGAGGAUUCAUACAGGAGAGAAGCCCUAUUGCUGCUCAGUGUGUGGGAAGACAUUUCGGCAGCAGAAUUGCCUAAAGGCUCACCAGACCUUGCAUACCGGCGAAAAACCUUUUGAUUGCGAUGUGUGUGGAAAACGUUUUCGCACAUUAGGAAAUCUCCGUCGACAUCAGCGCAUACACACCGGAGAAAAGCCGUUUAGAUGUGCCAUAUGCGAGCGGGAGUUUAACCAGUCAAAUUCACUCAAAGCUCACAUGCACGUUCACACUGGGGAGAAGCAAUACGUGUGUGACAAGUGUGGGAAGUGUUUUGCUUAUCUAAGAAAUCUGAGGUCCCAUAAAUGUGUAUAGAUUUAAAGGGUUUGUUCACCCAAAAAUGAAAAUUGUCAUCGUUUAAUGUUGAUACAGCUUUUUUUUUUUUUUUUUUUUUUUUUAAACAACCCUCUUUGGACCCCAUUGACAAAAAAAAAAAUUCUCAAAAUAAGUUCUUCUGUGUUUCACAGAAAGAAAGAAAAUCAUACAGGUUUGGAGAGGCAGGUGGGUGAGUAAUCGAUGACAGAAUUUACAUUUUUGGGUGAACUAUCCCUUUAAGUUACACAGUUAAACUGUUCCAGACAGGAAUAUGUAUGUCUUAACAGGGAUCUGUGAGCUUUGUUAAUAUGCUGAUGAUUUUUUCAGUUCUUCAGUAUGAUAUAAACAUUAGUUUCCUUCAAAAAUCUGUUUAAUGUAGAAUUGAUCUUCAAAUUUAUGUGAAAUGAACUGUAAAGCUCUUUGUUAUGACAAAUAAAUCAAAGUCAUCAGA